GCACCUUCUCCAUCCAUUUUCCUAACCUAAUCUAAUCUAACCUAGGCAGAUCGAUCAACUUUAGACUAAAUUACCUUAAUUGCAAACUGUCUUUCCUGGCUGCUCCUUGAAGAAUUCAGCGACUUCCAUUUAUUCAGUAUGCUCUACUAGAAGAUGUGACAGCACGCAGAUAACGACUAGUAGUUGUACUAUCUAGACAUCAACUACUUCUACAUCAACAUCGCUCCUAUAUUGAUGUUGUAAAAAUCAAUCAACAAGAUGAACAAUUCGCCAUCUGUAUCUGCUUUGCUCGAGAAGUAUGGAGGUGCCGCGCAGAAGAAGGUGGCGCAACUGCCGGUGUCUCCGAGUCCGCCUCCAAGCCCGCCACCGAGACCGAGUAGACUGUCUCGAAGAUUAUGGCUAGUUUUUCAUUAUCCCACGUGGAAACCCCUUGGUUGCUUUGGGUUGCCUUGGUUUCACGUGCUGCCUGGGUGGAAACCCCCUUGGUUGCUUUGGGUUGCCUUGGUUUCACAUGCUGCCUGAGUGGAAACCCCCUUGUAGGCUUGUUCACUAUUCCCGUGUAUGCUGCCUGGAGGGUGGAAACCCCUGACUCUUCCGAUCCUACUUGAAAUGGUGGGAAGUCCAUCCGAUCCAUCCAAGUCCAUCCUACACCCGUUCGGUAAACUAUUCUAAUAUAUAAAGCAACCCAGGGGGUUUCCACCCACGUGGACUAUGCUGCCUGGUUGGAAACCCCCUUGGUUGCUUUAUAUAUUAAAGGGAAAGUCUGGUCCUCUUGGCUAUCAUUCUACUGGCCAGGCUACUCCUUUCCCUUAAUUGAUCGCAAAAAUCUAGUCCUUCACACAUUAUUUAUUAGAGGGAUCAAUAAAGGGCAUUGAAAUAAAGGAGGAAAAGGGCAACGCACUCAAGCUCGACAUAGUGAUAAACUAGCGCUAAGAAGAGGACCAGAGGGUGGCGCGAUUGUGCUUAGUCCGACCUUUGCCGGAAAUGUCAAGACAACUCGUCCUGUUCAGCGAACCUCACCACAGGGUGUGAAAAUGAGGACGUCACAGAACGUACUUCUUAAUUACAGUUUUGCUUUUGUAUUUAAUAUGAUACACUGUAGUAUGAUCUUCACAAAUAAUAAAACUAGUACUCUUCAGGAGCAGGACUAGUACUCUUCAGGAGGACUCCGAGUUCUAAGUUUUUUCCUCCGUUUGCGUCUUCUUUGCAUGGCAUUGAAAAACCCCUCUACGUACUCGCAAGAAUGAAUUUUCUCUCCCUCGUCUUGCUCUCACGACAAUGGAUGCUCCCCGCAUCAUCUGAUGAACACCUCCUUCCUAAGCCUACUGCCCGUUCAAACUCAUCCUCCAGCAUCUACAUCUCAAACAACACAACGAACUCUACUCAUGUGGCCUCUGUACUUAUCACUUCACAACAUUCUCUCUACUAGAUUGAUCCUCGCGGCAUAGUGUUCGAACCAAAAGAAAGGCAAGAGUGGGCUCUGGGAUUGGCGAGACAGCAGUUUCGCGACAUGACGCACGGACCGUUCGCGCAGAACGCAGUCCUCGAUGACGAAACAAAAGUUCUACCCGGAGACUCUCUACCGAUGACCGGAAACGGGGAUGUUAUGUUGAAGUGGUUGACUUUGAUACUACAGCUACAGGAUGCUGCAUGUCAUUAAAUUUUCAAGGAUAUGAUCCUGGGAGUACUUCAUUCUUUGAAUAAUCCGAAUACUACUUGAAAUGAUCAAAUUGUGCUUUUUCUGCGUGAGUGUUGCUGUAGCAACUGUGGUCCUCCUUCUUCUUUUACGUCGUGUAUUGACCAUCCAGUGAUUUCGGGAGAGAAGCAUGAUAUUGUUUGCUUUCUGUGCCCCCCAUUUAUUCUUCAUACUACUAGCGGCCCCAAACAUGUCACCCAGUAGGGGACGCGGUUUUCAGAUGGCUCCGGUUAGCAGUCUAUCAGGGGAAGCAGCCCAAAGAAAAUUGGCUUGGAUUUAUGGAUCAUUUCUCUGUGUCUCUCAUCUACUUGUUGUUAUUUUUCCUUCUAAAGAAGGGACUAUUUUUCUAGAAUAUGAAAAUCACUCAAAAAUAGGUACUUACCUUUACCUGCACAUGUGUAACUUCUUCCAAUGAAUUACUUAAAAACAUAUUGAAAAUCAGUAGUCAGAAGGUACUAGUAGAAUUAGAACGAAAAGCUGGGCCUCGAAUUAGAAUGGUAGCUAGGGUAGAUCUUUGACACCUUCUCCCGAAUGACGUAAGCACGUUGAAUAUCGCAGGUUUUUGGCGGUAGAUAAGUCGGUCCUCACAUGCGGUGUGAGCAUGUUUCAGUCUAGAAAAGUUCAGUCUAUUAUGGCACUUCAAUGGCCUCGAACGCUCACCCCCUCAUAAGUGAGCCAACUCCUAUCCAAUCCCAAGAGGACAUCAUAGAAAAUGAGGCUCUAUCAUCUAUCGAAAAUAAGCCCUUCUAACGCCAGGUGGACCACAACGAUCAAGUGCGGCGAAAAGGGGCUACACGUGUCGCAAUGCAACAAGUUGGAGGAGGCGAAGGUGACGGCGCACAUGUCGUAGAGCAUAUGGCAGGUGCGUUUCGUGGUGCCGAGGGUGGAACCACGCUAGUUAAGGCUGAGGAACGUAAUUGUAAUUCAUCUUCACAGGAGAUCCUCCUCAUCCCUUUCAUCUGUUUCCUAUCCUUCUGAGAAAUCAAUGGGCAACUACACCGAGAUCAUGAGCAUGACCUUACAAUAAAAGAGAUGAGAUGGAUCUACAUCUAGGUGAAUUUUUAAAUACUGUUGUAAAAUAAACAAGCUCUAAACAAGAUUUAACCAGUACCGACUGGGCUUCGCGUACGUUGCUAAAAAGAAGUUUCUUCCACAACAGAGCGGACUUGUACGAAAGCGGUUUGCAAAUAGUGGUAGACAAAAAGCUGUUUGAACCUGCGGUGUCGUUUCGCGCGGAAACGCAAUUCAACUUAUGUGAAAAUUCAAAAAAAUGCAUAGCUUGAAUUAUAUUUAAGGAUCACCUUCUUUUCCUCAUAGACAUAAUCAUCAUGACCAAAACACACACACACGUAUACGCAUGAACUUAAAGAACUCCAUUCACAUUGCGUCCUUUGUAUUAAUAGUCUUCAUCUAGUACUCCAUCUUCUAAGAUCCUCUAGUAAUGUGCUGUUUCUCUUUUACCUCUUCUCCUUUCUAAUCAUCGCCAUAGAUGCAGGCUUGCGGUGCUUCCGAAUGCUACAUGACGCCUAUAAGAUGCGAGCUUUUUGUGCUUGGAAGCACGAAACCUUCAUAAGACGUCUCUUUUACGUUCGCCCACUGGUUUGGAAAGAGGAAAAGGUAUAUAAUUUCAGCUAGUGGUUCAGUUUCCCUAACAACUUAUAGUUGUACUUGUCCUAUCGCUAUCCUUUCAGUCGCGUUUUCUUUUGAUCUCGUGCUUUCCUGUCCUGAGGCAUAGUACAACUACUUCUCACAUCUUUUUUCUGUUCCUCUGAUGUCUGAGUCGUGAUCAUGUUGUCUCUCUUUCCCACAAUUCUCGGUAUAACUAUAACAACUUCUUUCAGCAUUGUCGACAGCUCCGCGCUAUAAUCAUGUUUCUCUUCCCCACGAUUAUCGGUACAACAACUUCUUUCAGCAUUGUGGUCAACUCCUCAGCUAUGAUCAUGUUUCUCAUCCUCACUCACUCUCUUCACUCUCACCCCCACAACUUUCAGCAUUGUCAACGGGCGAUGCUACGUAUGUACUUUUCUUUGUGGAUCUCUUCGUACGACUAUCUUGGAAAUCGAGAAAGGAAAGAAGCGGAAGCUGCUAUGAAAGCUGCUGGUAAAGGUAAAGGGGACGAGGCCGCUAAAGAUGAGCCUGGAUUUGGAAAAGGAGGAGGAAAAGUUACGCGUUUAGAUUUACCUAUGUCCUAGUGUAGGGUUAGCUCUUAAGCUCUUCAAGAUCUUUGUUGUUAGAUUUACAAUAGAGUCUCUUCUAUCUUGUAGUUGUUAGACAACAUUCACAUUUUUGAACUAUAGAAUUCAUCGUGAUCAUCCAUACAAGAACACCUCCUCCCACGACCUAAUAUAAAAAACAGUACUAUGAAUGAAGAUUCUGACUCGUACUCGUCUUAGAAGCAACCUGCUGCUGAUCAUGUCCUCUGCUUGUUGGUCGAUCAUGGAAGUAGUUGUAGAGGUGUAUUCCUGUAGUUGCUCUUCGUGUCUAGUUGAUGCAACCAGGAAUUAGAUCGGACUUCAUGUGAUUCUACAUUAUAGUGUAAAUGAAUGUUGUGUCACCUGCUAUAUUUGUUGGUGAUGUCUACUGAAAAAGAAAUGAAUCAUCUUCGAAGUCCUUCAAAAAUGAAUCAGUCACUACUUCUAAUAUCAAUGACAAAGGCCAAGGCGGUGGUGCGAAAGGUGGUCAAGGAGCACUCGGAGGUGCAGCUGGUAGUGGUCCUGGUAGAGGUCCUGGUGGAGGAGGAGGCGGACUAGGAUCACCGCGAGGAGGACUUGGAUCACCUGGGGCAGCAGGAGAAACUCCUGGUAAAGCACCAGGAGAAACUCCUGGUAAAGCACAAGGAGUUAUAGACGCCGUUGCCAAAGGUCCGGCUCCGGCAUUUGGUGGAGAAGCGCCAUCACGACCUUCGCCUCAAGGGAAUACGACGAUAAAUCUUGCGCCUAUUGACGGAGUAGAGGUAUCUAUAAUUCUCUGUUCUUGCCUGCUAGGCCGCCUAACAACUUGUUGCAAGCAAGAAGUACUUCAGGACUUGUUUAUCUUAGAGGUAGACUCAGGUGUCAUCGACUGUUGCCUCAAGUUGAGCAUGCUGGUACUUUAGAGGUAGACUAAGACCACAGCGACACUAGGUACUACUAGUUCAACUAGUCUACUAAGUCUCCCAAGUGGUCUAAGUCUCAAUCUCCCGUGUAUCGAUCAGGUUGGCAAGAAUGGAAAGGUUUCAGCAUCGCCUCUUGACGACGAAGACCGAGUAACAAAGAACGACUUAGCUGCGAUGAAAAGGGAAUCGACUCGAAAGUCGAUGCGCACAACCGUGGCCGAGGGAGAGCGUGCCCAAUCAAGUAGAGCAACGGCCCCAGUACUAAAGGCAGAUUAUAUUACGACUCCUAUUUAUAGCUAUACUUCUACAUUAUAGUGUAGAUGAAUGUUGUGUCACCUAUAUUUGUUGGUGAUGUCUACUGAAAAAAGUUGUUUUUCUGCCUAAGAUCUAGCUACCAGAUGAUUCGUUGAUGAUGAUGUCCAAGAAGAAGUACUAAACAGAGACAGCGAACUACAUGCUGUGAACCACGUAGAGCUUCAUCUAGGGAUGAAAGGACACUGUAACUACCUCUCAUCAUGAUACUAGAUUCCAUAGGAUGAAGAUCAGAUGAGGACGACCUCUCUCAGAAGAUACGACACAGCACCUCACUCUACUAGUCAUAGACAGGAGAAGUGACCGGUGAAAUUUUUCCUGCGCUAAUCCUGCACCUCCUGGCUUUGGUGUACAGCUAGCUCAAACGCCACAAAAGCCACUUCCGGGUUUUGGUAAGCAAGCACAAGGCUACAACCCCUUUGGAAAGAAUCCGUUAAAAAUUAAGGCUCUUUGAUACACCCUUCAUUGAUUAUUUCACCUCUCUACUACAAGCUUUGUUUUGAGUUAUUGUUAACAUCAAAGUUACCUCCAAUAGAGCAAACUGCUAUUUUCUUCUGUUUGGUUUCCCUUGAUGGUGGGCUGGUGGUUGCCCUUGAGUUUCCUAUUGUUUAAUUGUUUACUACCUCUCCUUUAUAUAGUUUUCUUGAUUACUUUUCAGAAUAUGGCCCUCCCGGUGGCAGCAGCACUUGUGGAUUAGUAGAGUAAUGUUCUCAACAAUCCUCACAUUUUUCUGUUUGGCUUCCAUAUUGAUGGGACUAUUCUGUUACUUCACCCUUCAUUGAUUCUCUUCUAUUUGGUUUCCCUCUUGGGAAAUGGGAAGGUAUUUCAUCCUUUAUUGAUUCUCUUCUGUUUGGUUUCCAUCUUGGAGGGAAGACGAAGAUUCUGACUGAAGAAGAAAUGAAGGGGAGCAACAGAAAUGAAGCGUCUUGAGCUCUAAGCUAAAGCAGACAGGCGGUCCCGGAUUCGGUACUCCACCAUCGGUCGCGAGCGGCAGCUCCUUCAAUUCUCCGACGUUAAAACCGACAGAGGGUCGCGGAUUCGGUGCUCCACAACCGACCGGCACAUCCAAAGGAGGAGGCUUUUUAUGGCGGGCCAUACAAGUGGAAUCACUUUCUCCUCCUCCCCUCCUUACGUAUAUUACUACGUACUACUACUCGUCCUACCAAACAUGCAGUUCGUCCUUUAUAUUUUUCUUUCUUGUCUAUGUCUGUGGACGAGGUAAAAGUUUUCUGGGUCGGUGAAAUAGGUAGUAUCCGGCAAGAGCAUUACUGGGACAGACGAGAACAUGUGUUAAGUAAAUCACUGUGAAGAACUGUUCAAGAAAAUACGAGCACAGCUUCUUCAUCCCUGGUUGGCAUUCUUCUUUCCACCUACUUUUCGUUUUCUAAUCUCCGGAGUGCAGCUUCGUUCUCCACAAGGUAAAGGUUUAUCACCUGAACCGAAAGGGCAGCCUCUUCCUAGGGACGGUGGACCUCUGCAACCCCAGUUUGGUGACCAUUACAUGCAGAGUUACCUUCCAGCAAAGGAUAAUCCAUACGCUCGACAGACGGCGAAAGUUAUGAGGAAGAAGUAGACUCAUACUUCUUGACGUUAAUCCUUUCUCGGUUUGUACCUUUCCCACAGGCUACUAGCGAUCAGAAAGGCGGGAUAGCAAUAGUGUAAUUCAAUCCAGAAAUAAAAACAUAGUUAGUCGUACUUCGUCGUCAACACGGCUGAUCGCUUUUGUUUAAGUUUGGUUCAGUUUUCUCCUUGGGCAGCUCUAAUGAAGAACGGCAUUACGCAUAUCCCAUGCGGCGGGCACCCGAUCCACCCCAAAUGCGAUCUCAAGAGUGGGGAUUCCUGCCUCCGGCUUGGGCUUAUGGUCUUGUCACAUAAUGAGAAGUCAUAUCUGCGUCUACUGGAGGAAAAAUUGAUAGCACAGCAACAGACAUUUUUGACUUUGACAGACUGAGUUGAACAUUAACUCAACAGUGGAUCCUUUUUUUUUGAAAACUCUCUAACCUAAUCCUCUCCCUGCUUCUGCCAAGGUAGAUUCAGGUUGGAUGUUGCCCAAAGACCGACAGACCGCGGACCAAAGCGACCCAUCAUCUGGUGUCUUCGUCGCUCAGCCUCGUAGUUUAUCACCUGACGCCGCAGCCGCAAAUGACGAUCCAAGAUCGUGGAUGCAGUACGAUUUAAUUACUACAUUGUAGUACAAAAAUACGUAGACUCGUUUUGAUGAAGAUGAAAGUCUACUUAUUUUGUUUGAUUUCCGUUCAAAAAUAGUACUACUUAGUUUGUUCCAAAGGUUAGAAGGUUUUUGUUCAUCGCAAGAACAGGAGCACUGAGUGUUUCAUGCAAGCUCCUUCUUUGAGAUCUCCACAAAACCAGGCUCGACAAAAAACCGAAAGUCGUCACGCAUCGUGGAGUGCUUCACGUUCACGAAGAAGAGGCGGGAGACGACGAGAACGCGACAAAGAGUUUGAGCCCGUUUACAGUCUCAGAGGGCCAUCGGUCGGACCGUAUACACCGAUACCUCGAGCAAAAGCACAAUCAGGAGAAAAUACUCAGUUCCAUGAUUAUGCUUGAAGUUUUGAUGGUGAAGAUAGAUAUGAAUAUGAUUAACGAUGAUGAAUGCCUCAUAGAUAUAAUUUUUAUUUGCGUACGUAGGCCGCGCUACAUAAGAUGUACAAGCAUGAUGAGCGUUGUUUCUACGUUGAGAUUGAGGAGUGUAGUGACGAAACAAAUUCUACUUCGAGAAAUCUAUCGGCUCUAAGAUUUUGUCUUCAGGCAUGAUGCAGUCAGGAGCUAACCAAGGCAAUGACGCAUGGACUGAGGUAGCAGCUUCGAGUGGAAAAGCCGAUGGAAAACCACUAGAGCAAGACGGGGGAGGCGACGAUAGCGCACAGAUAAAUAAAACAAUUGCUCCAUUACGACUUGAUUUCUGAUUCAUGAACAUGAUCGAUGUACAACUAGUAGAAGAAUGGAAGGCCUCAGUAUCAAUCGAUGUAAGUAGAAAAAAGGAAGGAGUUCAAGAACUUUAAGUUGCAUCAUAUUCCAGUAGAAUGAAUCAUGAUGUCGCAUAGGAAUAGACAUAGAUAGCAUGAUAACCCCGCCGUACGCAUCUAAGAAUAGAGGCACCCGGACCAAGCCCAGAAGGCGAAGGGGUGACUUUUGCUAUCGACAGCGGUGCGGAUGACCGGGAUAACGUCCGAGCUAGGAUUCGGAAAAGUUUCGGAAAAUUUAAGUAGCUACUAGAAUUCUUCGCGACAUAUGAGAUGUUGAAAAAGUCUUUAUCCAUCAUCAAGUGGUCAUUAGCCGGACCAGAUAUUAUCAAUAAUAACACCGUUUUCCACGUGGAAGUUCUUGCUACUUAAAUUUAGCAGCUAACAUAAAGUCAUAAUCUAUCAUGCAUCAUCGUUAACAUGUCUUCACGAAGAAUAAAGCAAAAAAUUGCCAUGCAAAAGUUAUACACUCAAUCGUCCACAAGGAACAAAAGCAUUACAACUACACAGUUGUAUCUUCGAGAAUAUCUUCCAAGGCUUCGAGCAAAUGCAGAAGUUUCAAUUUGUAUAGACUAGAAACUAGCAUGAUUUGCGUCCAUCAACGACUGUCUACAACUGUAUAGUACUUGCCUUGGUUUAGUGUUGUAACUACACUCACUACAAACACGUAGUUUUUGAAAUUAGCAUAGUGAUAUCAUCACGUUGAUAAAGAAUGAAUGUAAGCGAAUAAGCAUCUGCGUGUGCGUCAUACAGUGACCAUUGUCAUAUUAGAAAUCGUGUACUUAAACAAUCUAUCUCUCUUGAGUAGUAAGUUCCUAGAAAGAUGAAUGUCUUAGGUAUGAUGGUGAUCUCCUCGUAGGACAAAUUUUUUCGUAAUACACGACUUACAGGAAUUGUCCUGGUCCUGCACAGAGGACACCGACUGCUGGAUGACUCUAUCGCGCUAUAUUGCGACCAGAUGAGCAGGCGGCUGCAUAGGCGGGUCUUCCAUUUGAU